AUGUUAUACCAAGAUAUUGAUGACGUCUAUGUAUCGGAUCAUUGUAGUUCCAGAGUACAGUCGGUUAUUGUGGGAAUUGCAGUAUUUUUUAUCUUUUCUGCUGCUGCCAUUGCCCUCGGUUUAGGUACUGGUAUAAAUGAUAGCUAUCAAAAGCUUAUCUUUGUUACUGAAUCAUUAUCGACAACGACUUUCACUACUGUACCAUCAACUACAACAAAGAUUACGACAACUACUACAACAAUCAUUCAAACAUCUAUUACUACUACAACUUCAACAUAUUCUACAACUGCAACCUCCACGCCUUCUACAAGCAGUACUACAACUACAACCACCACGCCUUCUACAACUAGUACCAGAACUAGUACUACAACUAAUACUACAACGAGUACUACACCAAGUACUACAACGAGUACUACAGCUAGCACUGCAACUAGUACUACAACUACAACCUCUACAUCUUCUACAACUAGUACUACAACUACAACUACAACUACAACCUCUACCUCUUCUAUAUCUAGUACUACAACUAGCACUACAACUACAACCACUAUUACAACUUCUAGUGCAUCUGCAUCUGGCUAG